CAGUACGACCCUCUUCGUUUUCCCAAAGAAACGAGAUUCGUGAUAUUCAGUCAGAAUGUAAGGGUUGGAAUAGGAACUGAAGUUUUUCAUGUCACCAAGCUUGUGCCUCCAAACACAGAUGUGGACCAUAAUUGCGGUCACUGCCUGUCUGUGUGCCCCCUCUCUGACUGAACAGGCGAGUGAUGAUGGUUGUGUUCAUCCUCCAGUCCAUGAAGUUGUUCCUGGCAAGGAUCAUGAUUACAUAGACUCUGUUGGUGCGCCCUCUAUGUACGACUGCGCAGCUGAAUGCAAACUGUUGCCGCCAUGCCUGUCCUUCACCUUUGACCCAGAGAAACGCGCAUGUCAACUCUUGAAGAAAACUACCCCCAGCUUCACUGUCCGCAGUGGCAUCUUCUUUAGUAACAUUCAAGACUGGAAAAUGCCACUGACCGGAGCUUGUGCUGACGCUUCCUGUGGCCCAAAUUCGCAGUGCACGGUGGGAAGAUAUGGCCAACCGCUGUGUGUAAGCUAUGCUGCCAUCGGCAUGAACUGCACUCGUGAUGCUGACUGUCACGUGACUAUGACGUUAUGCUUCCUGGGACAGUGUCUGUGUCACCCUGGAUACAGCCACAACAUCCGACGUAACUCCUGCGACAGAGAAUGCAAGCGUUAUGGACACACCAUGACGCCGUAUAAGGAACUGACCACAAAGGGCCAUAACAGGAAGAGAAUUAAGGUCGUUGGAGGGCUGGAAGAUGCGAUGAAGAUGUGCGUGUCAGCAUGUGUGGAAGAAACUUCCUUCGUAUGUAAAACAGUAGAUUUCGGACGUCGGCACAGGCUUUGUCUUCUAAGCAGUGAAGGCUACUUGGACGUCACUGUUCGGGAAAGAGAACGGGGUCAGUUUGGAUGGUGGAUGGCCGUAAGGGGAUGUCAAUAAUGUUCAGGACAUGAUACUAUUGAUAGCUCUGCGAAUCAAGCAUGUUAUCAAGGCCCCUUUGUUACAAUCUGUUUCACAGAUAAGAUAUCUUAAAACCACAGAAUCGUUGGAUACAAAAACCCAUUAAACUCAUAUGUAAAAUAUAUAUCGUUUCAUUAUUGUCCGUUAAAGUGUGGCGCUGUCUCAGGAUGCUAUACUGUCCCAGGUUGUGACUCAUAUGUGGUGUUAAAAAGGAUAUUGCUGCACAGUAAAGUGUUCAUGUUUCCUAACCCCCUUGUGCCUUGUUUGAAUUUUACACAGUGAACCUUGUACUUAGCUGAAAAUUCGGCAAUGAAAACCGCGGAUAGAACGUAAUAUUAUUCAACU